AUGCCAAAACAUGCCUACAAACCUAGUUGCACUUUAUCUAAAAUAUCCAAAGUAAGAAGAAGAAAAGAUAUGCCUGAAAUUAGUAGUCAUUUUGAUUUUACCCAAGAAGGAACAUCCGAUUUAUCUGAAAUGGGUGUAAAAAGUGUACAUAUUUCAAAUGAGACUUCUAAUGAUGAUGAAUCUAAUUCUAUUCAUGUCCAUUCAAAUGAAUUAAUUAUAGUAGAACAAGAUAAUGUUGAUAACAUUGAGAAUGGUGUUUAUAAAAGUCCUCAUGAUGAAAGUGGAAAAAUUGAAAAUAUUUCUGAUCCAACUGUUUUUCAAUCUAAAUUAGCAUCAUUUAUUGUUGCAUCGAAAAUUCCAAAAACUAGUGCUACCAAAUUAUUAAAAUUACUAAAGACUGUGGAUAAUCUAGAUUGUUUAAAGUUGUUAACGUUAGAUUCUAGAACUUUGUUAUCUACACCUCGAUCAGGUGAUAUUGAUAUUAAAAGUAUUGGUGGCGGAGAAUAUAUUCAUUUUGGUAUCUCAGCAGGGUUAAUUUACACUUUAAAUAUAACAAUUGAACCUGUAAACAAUUUGUCUACAUUAGAAUUGUGGUUUAAUGUUGAUGGUCUUCCUAUUGAUAAAAGAGCAAAUCAUUUUGGCCAAUAUUGUGUAGUUUUUGGGUUAAUGAUUCAAUAA